UACGUUACGGAUCACAUCAUGUCGCAUUCGGCACCUGCUUGGUUGACUUGGGAUUACGUGGAGGAGAAGCUGCGUUCCCACUUCAGGAACGACUCCCUUAGACUGGAGCAUCUGGCUAUCAGGCCAGCUCUUGGCAACGGGGAGAACUACGCCAGCGUGAUGACGCGAAUCAAUGUGGAAUACACAAUGGGCAAGUCGCAGGAAAAGAAAUCCACAAGAUUCCUGGUAAAGACCACGUUCUCCGACCGAGAUCCGGCGGCGGAGGUGCUUAUGAGCUAUGGCGUCUACACCCGGGAAAUGGACAUGUAUGAGCGGAUCCUACCCAGGCUGGCAGAGCUAGUGCAGAAUGAGCUGGGAGACUCUCGGAAACUGUUUGCGGGCACUGUGAAUGUGGAUCGCCAACGGGACUCUAUAAUCUUUGAGGAUCUGUCCCUGGAGGAGUAUAGAGUCGCCGACCGCCUCAAGAAGUUGGAUCUGGAGCACACACAUCUGGUGCUCGAGAAAUUGGCCAAUUUCCAUGCAGCUGGUGCCGCCUUAGCCGAAAGACAGCCGGGUAUCUUUUCGAAGAAUUUCGAUCGCGGAUUCUUUAACCAGCACACCCGGGGCUACGAGUCCAUAAUGAGGAAUCUUCUGCAGGCCCUAUCCCGUUCCUUAGAGCUGGAGCCAGAGCUGCGUCGCCGUUACCAGGCGAAAAUCGAUCGGCUGGUCGACCAUGUAAUGGACUACGGCGAGCGGUCGACUUCCAUUUGUCCCGGGGACUUUGUGACCUUGGCUCAUGGAGAUCUUUGGACCACAAAUAUUAUGUUCCAGUACGAUGGCGAAGGUCAUCCCACCAAUGCUAUCUUCAUAGACUUCCAGUUCAGCGUUUGGAACUCGCCGGCCAUCGACCUGCACUAUUUCUUUUCGACUGCUUUGCAGGCUAACAUCCGCCUGAAGAACCAGCCAGAGUUGGUCCAGUUCUACUACUAUAAGUUAAAGGAGGCUUUAGGAGCAGUGAAGUAUUCGGGACACGUUCCCAGUUUGUUCGCCUUCCAUCAGCAGUUCCGAAACAGAGCUUUCUAUGCUGCCUUUGCAUCCCUGAUUUUCGAGCCUUCGAUGGCGUACAAUGGCAAGGAAGAGGCUUCAAUGGAGCAGAUCAUGUCGUCUUCGGAGAAGGGAAUGCGGUUCAAGGAUGACCUAUAUCAGUCGGAGGAAAUCAGAAAAAAGAUGCACCACACUCUGCCGUUCCUUGACCACUUGGGGUUAUUAGACGUUAUGUAAAACAAAAACAACAAUUUUUUGUAUUCUAAUUGGUUGGUUUUAAGCUUUACAAAAAAUUAACCCAACUACUUUAUCUAUUUAUAUAACCUACUUUAAUAAAUAGUAUACUAAAAACA